GUCUUUGCAACACUACAAAAUUAAAGACUCUACGUCUCUACCACAAUUUCACUCAAAACAAUACAAGGGAGGAAGCGCAGAUAGCUAGCAGCAGUGAAAGUGAUCGUGCAGAGAGAGUGAGAUAUGGAGGUUCCCGGUUCAUCGAAGAAGAUGAUAGCGACGCAGGAGGAGAUGGUGGAAGCGAAGGUUCCCCUUGCAUACAGGGACCAGUGCGCACACCUCCUCAUCCCUCUCAACAAGUGCCGCCAGGCCGAGCUCUACCUUCCAUGGAAGUGCGAGAACGAACGUCACUCCUACGAGAAGUGUCAGUACGAGCUCCUCAUGGAGCGCAUGCUUCAGAUGCAGAAGAUCAAGGAACGAGUGUUAAUUUGUGGCACGAUGCAAAUUUCAGGGGCGAUUUUGGGUAUAUACUCAAUUUCAACUUAUUGUUGAAGAUGGUAGGAGUUUGUUACUUUGACCCUGUACUCAUGGCUUUCCACUGGAGUAGAUGUAAAUUAUGGUUGAUUCGGAACCUUUGCUUGGGUGGGAGUUCCUUCAUGUUUUUCAGUUGUGUGAAGUCGAAAUUACCUUGGAUUGUUUGUGCAGAGACUACCAAAGACUGUUUAUACUUUAAUUCUCGCAAUUUCUCAUCAUGGACACAUGUUUUUACUUGAAAGUAAUAAAUUUUUCUUAACUUUUCAUAAGUGGAGA